AAAGAGAAAGGGGGAGAAACAGAAAAGAAACUGAGAAAAGGAAGAGUUAGUUUAACAAGAAGAAGAAGAAAGAAAGGAGGAAGAAUCAAGAACCUUUGGAAGAAUGAGUUGGCCUCAAUAGGCAAAAGGGAAAAUAGACCUUAAAUUCCCGUAAUGCUCAUUUGAAUUUUUCAUUGCCGUAUAAUAGGUGGGUUUGUAGAAAAGGCAACAAGAAGAAGAAGAAGCAGUGAAAUAAGAAGAAGAUUAGCGAGAGAGGCGGAGGGUGGGGCAGGGGAGGGGGUAGGGGGUAGGAGUCUAUAAUGCUUUGUGAAUCAUUGCGUGAUCGAAUACAGCCAUGGCUUCGUGAUUACGACAGGCUUCAAUCAUUGGCCGUCAUCCUCCUCUACAUUCAGGUUGGGUGCGCAUUGGUGGGAUCGCUGGGAGCACUGUACAACGGCGUGUUGCUGAUAAAUCUGGCGAUUGCAUUGUUCGCUCUGGUAGCAAUCGAGAGCAGCAGUCAGAGCCUCGGACGUACAUAUGCCGUCCUUCUCGUCUGCACCGUCUUCCUCGAUGUCUUUUGGUUCAUUCUCUUUUCCCACGAAAUAUGGAACCUUUCUCCUGGGAGUAAUACAAUUUGGUACAUCUUCUCAGUGAAACUCACUCUCGCCAUGCAAAUUGUCGGCUUUUCUGUGAGGUUAUCCUCCUCGUUCUUGUGGAUUCAGAUAUACAGGUUGGGCCUUUCCUAUGUAGACACUAGUGCACUUCCUAGAGAAGCCGAUUUCGAUUUGAGAAAUAGUUUCUUGAGUCCAACUACUCCUGUUGUACCUCGACAAACUUCAGAUUCUAGUGAUGCUUUAGGAGGCUCUAUUUAUGAUCCAGCUUAUUACUCAUCACUCUUUGAAGAUGGUCAGGGAAAAUGUUACAGUGGCAAUGGAUCUACAUCUGCUGCUGAAGCUUCUAAGGUGAAACCAUCUGUAGUCAGAUCUUUUCAGUUUGUAGAUUCCUUGCAGGAGGAGAAGGCAGCAGACCAGCCUAAUUCCGUUUAAUUUUGGGUGUGCCAUCUCUCUUUUCUUUUGGGAACCACUACCCUAGUUGUUUAGAGGAUAUUUCAUAUGAGGUAGUCACUGCAGGCAGAUUGUGUUUUUGGAGUGAGCCUUGUACAGUCGGAUCACAUAUUAUUGGAUUUUUUUUGCCCGGAUGGAAGCUGCCUAUCAAAGUAUUAAAAAGAGAACCACAUGGAUGGUCCCUGUGGUUUGGUAUGCCAAAAGCUUGGAUCAAGAUCCAGGACCAGUGGUCCAUGUGGAUGAACUACUCGCAUUAGCAUGCUGGCUGCACUGUGCAGCACACAAUCAGACAUGCAAUUGCCUCUUGUACUCGAAUUGUGCGGGCUGGGUGUUAGUUAAGUUGACAAUAGCAUUGUCGUUAAGGAACCGAGGCAAUUGCCUCUCGUUUGUUCCCCCUUAAUAGCAUAGCAUUGCUUGACCCUUUCGAUGGAGCGUUGUCUUUUAUGGGAUUAGACGCUCCUUACUAUGAUAUUUUCUGAUAAAAUAUACCUUGCAGAUGAAGACACUCCCUUAC